UGGGAAAGGGGGAAGAGGGUUGGAUUCAGAGCUCGUUACUACCUCCGUCCAAAGCAGAAGGGAUGGAGGAGCGACCUGAGAAAUAAACAAUAAACAUAGGAACAAACACAACGUGUUUUUAGAGAAAAUAGAAAAGGGGAAAUCAAUCAUGGGGAACGAAGCUAGCAUGGAGGGUGUGGAAGGGGGGCUGGCCGGACUACCAGAAGGGGUUGUAGGGGAUGGGAAGGGGGGUUUUGUCCAGAUCCCUGCAGGAAUGGAGGCGGAUCUGAGCCAGCUGAGCGAGGAAGAAAAGAAACAGAUCGCAGCUGUAAUGUCAAGGGCGCAAGGGCUACAGCCUGGAAAUGCAAAGGAUCCUCCCAUAGAGAGGAAACCAGAACUAGGUGCAACCCAUCAGCCUAGGCAGCCCGGAAAACCUCCAGACCAGGGUCCAUCUGGUAUCACUAAAAGCCAAACAACCAAUGUCUUUAAGACAGAAAAACCCAAGCCUGGAAGGAGCCCCUCCUCCAUCAGCUUGCUAGAGUCACGAUCAAGGCCUGAAGUGAAAGAGGAUCCAAAAGCAGCCAUGAUGCCCAGCUUCCUCAGUGAGGGCAACCCCCUCAGUGCGAUGUCUUCUGUAGUGAACAAAUUCAGCCUUUUUGGGGAUGCAGAAGAAACGCAGGAGGAGGCCCUCAAGAAGCAAAAAGGCGCACAGCAGCAGAAAGCACAGUCACAGCAACCAGGGCCAACUAAAGCAGCACAGCAACAAGGGUCCCCAAAGCUUACACAGCAACAACAGGGGCCUUCAAGGCCUGGGCCUCAGCAACAAGCAGGGCCUAUACAUCCGCAGCAGCAAGGGCCUCCCAAAACUGGUCCUCAGCAACAAGGGCCUGCUAAAACUGGACCUCAGCAACAAGGGCCUCCUUUAACUGGUCCUCAGCAACAAGGGCCUGCUAAAACUGGACCUCAGCAACAAGGGCCUGCCAAAACUGGACCUCAGCAACAAGGGCCUGCUAAAACUGGUCCUCAGCAACAAGGACCUGCUAAAACUGGUCCUCAGGAACAAGGACCUCCCAAAACUGGUCCUCAGCAACAAGGGCCUGCUAAAACUGGACCUCAGCAACAAGGGCCCUCUGAAACUGGACCUCAGCAACGAGGGCCUGCUAAAACUGGACCACAUCAACAAGGGCCUGCUAAAACUGGACCUCAGGAACAAGGUCCCGCUGAAACUGGACCUCAGCAACAAGGACCUGCUAAAACUGGUCCUCAGCAACAAGGGCCUCCCAAAACUGGACCUCCGCAACAAGGGCCCGCUAAAACUGGACCUCCGCAACAAGGGCCCGCUAAAACUGGACCUCCGCAACAAUGGCCCGCUAAAACUGGACUUCCGCAACAAGAGCCCACUAAAACUGGACCUCCGCAACAAGGGCCCGCCAAAACUGGACCUCCGCAACAAGGGCCCGCCAAAACUGGACCUCCGCAACAAGGGCCCGCCAAAACUGGACCUCCGCAACAAGGGCCCGCCAAAACUGGACCUCAGCAAAAAGGGCCUCCCAAAACUGGACCUCAGCAACAAGGGCCUCCUUUAACUGGUCCUCAGCAACAAGGGCCUGCUAAACCAGGACCAAAGCAAGGGCCUGCUAAACCUGGACCACAGCAACAAGGGGCAGCUAAGCCUGGACCACAACAAAGCCCUCCAAACCAUGGACCUCAACAGCAAAGUCCUGUCAAAUCUGGUCUGCAACAACAAGGCCCCGUUAAGCUUGGACCUCAACAGCAAGGACCUGCCAAAUCUCCAUUCCAGCAGCCAGAUCAUCGAAAGGACCCAUCUAAACAAGAAAGCCUUUCUAGCCAAUCACAAGGCCCACCUUCCAGUUCUACACCAGCCCAUAAGAAAACUCAUUGUCCUCUUUGUACAACAACUGAACUUCUUCUUCACACUCCAGAAAAGGCAAAUUAUAACACCUGCACACAGUGUCAUAUUGUGGUGUGUAGCCAGUGUGGAUUCAAUCCAAAUCCCCACAUGACAGAGGUGAAAGAGUGGUUGUGUCUGAACUGUCAAGUGCAAAGAGCAAUGGGCAUGGAUGUCUCUGGACCUCCCAUGGCAAAGCCACAACCUCAGCAGCCCAAACAGCAGGUUACCCCUGGCUCCCCUCAGAAGGGCAAACACGGAUCACCAGUACCAGCACUUCAAAAGAGUGAACGAAGCAAAACACCAGAGCCUAAAAAACCUUCUCCACUAACCAAACAGCAGUCUAUGUCCAGUUCUCCACCCAUAAAGCCUAAACAACCCUUGAGUGAUUCUUUGACCCAGAAACCAGCACAACAGAAAGAUUCGACUCCCAAGCCUGACCCAUCAAGGCCACAAGAGGACACUAAACAGAAACAAACAGGGAUGCAGAAACCACCAGAUCAGACUGUGUCUACCUCUCCUGCUCCUGGCAUCAAACAAGCUUCACAGGUUCCCCAGGGUCCUCCUCCAACACAACAAAAACAGCCUACACAGGUACAAGAUGCCACUAAGCCAACCUCACAGCCUCCACAAGCUGGUGUAAAACAAAUGCAACCUGAUUCAAAAUUACAGCCCCAGCAGAAAUCCAGCCCAAAACCCACAGAACAAUCAUUGGAAGCAAAAAGUCAAAAAUCUGAAGACCCCACAAAACAAGCACAAACACAACUGAAAGAAACAGUUAAGGGUGUGACUCUUAAAACUGAGCCCAAAACUGGUUUACCAGUACUGGAGCCAGCAAAAUCUGAACAGCUACCAAAAGGAUCCCCAGUACCAACUGCUGCCAAGCCUACACAGCCUGCACAAGUGCAACCCAUUCAGCAGCCCCCAAAACCUCAAGAGCAGUCAAGACGGUUCAGCUUAAACAUUGGCGGUAUAAUAGAGACACCUAAGCCGCAGCCUACCACUCCUCAAGAAACGGUAACUGGCAAGCUGUUUGGAUUUGGAUCUUCUUUCUUCAGUCAGGCAUCUAAUUUGAUCAAUAUGGCAGACAAGCCAGCAGAACAGCCUGCUCCCGUUGCCAAACAGCAACCUCCUUCUCAGCCUGUGACUCGUCAGCAACCACCCAAGGAAGCCAGUUCGGCUCAGUCCUCUCCAAAACUCCCCCCUGCCAAAAAGGAAACACAACCUCCAGUGGCACAGAAACCAGAGCAACCAGUUGUUGGAAAAGCCCCUGCCUCUGGUCAGGAGAAAAAAUCUGUUUCUGAAAAAGAAGUUAAACCGCCGGUGGAGGCAACUAAGACCAUGGCAGGAAGCAGUGCUCCCCCUGCACCUCCUAAAUCAAACUGUCCACUCUGUAAAGUUGAGCUCAACAUUGGUUCUAAGGACCCACCUAACUUUACCACUUGUACAGAAUGCAAGAAUGUGGUAUGCAAUCUUUGUGGAUUUAAUCCAAUGCCUCACCUCACAGAGAAAGAAUGGCUUUGCUUAAACUGCCAGACACAAAGGGCCCUUACUGGGCAACUUGGAGACAUGGGAAAAAUGACACCGCCAAUGCCUGUCUCCGUGAAACCAGCAGCCAAGCAGCCCCCAGGACCUAAAAUUCAGCCUGGGCCCACAGAACAGCCACCUACUCAAAAAAGCACUGAAGUCAUCACUGAACCCACACCUAUACAAGUGCAACAAAAAAAGGAGGAAGAGCCAUAUAAAGGAGAAACACCCACAGUCCCUGUAAUAGAAAAGAAGGAGGAGAAAAUACCUCCAAAGCAAUUGACGAGGACACCUUCUCUUGACAAAACACCACCGCAGAAGCCUAAAGACAUAAGCCAACCUGAGGUCAAGAUAGACAAAAAUGAGAAAGCUUCAGUCACUGAGCCUACAAAGCCCUUGCCAGACACACCUCAGAAAACAGAUCAAGUUGAACAGAAAAAGGAAACUGAUGCACCUGCAGUACAGAAAUUAGAUAAGACUACUCCACCUCUUCAAGUAAGUAAGCAAGCAGAGGGUGGUCCUACUACUGAGCCAGCAGAAACCUCCUUGUCCAGGACACAAGAGAAGAAGCAUAUGACAGAGAUUCCAGUCGAAGCACAGUCAUUGAAAAAACCCAUCCAAGUGGAAACUGUGAAAGAAAAGCCUGAAAAGGAAGAUGAUAAAUCUGAUACUUCAGGUUCUUCACAGCAGAAAAGCCCCCAAGGGUUAAGUGAUACUGGCUACUCAUCUGAUGGUAUCUCAAGUUCACUAGGUGAAAUCCCAAGUCUUGCUCCAAGCGAUGAAAAGGACUUGCUUAAAGAGCCUUCAAAAAAGGACUUGCUUUCUCAAGAGAGUAGUCCUUCAAGUCCAUCAGAUUUGGCCAAGCUAGAAAGCACUGUGCUUUCAAUUUUAGAAGCCCAAACAAGCACAGUUGAAAAAGAUCCAUACAGCCUUUAUUGUGAGCAGGAAAGGGAUCGCCACAGAUCUAGAACAUUGCCAAUCACCCCAGAAUCUUGCAGUUCAGAUGAGGAGGAUCUGGAAGACAUCCAAGAAGUGGAUGAAGAAGCUCUGGAAGAGGAAGAUCGGAGUGAUGUAUCACCUAGAAAAUAUGGCAGAAAAGGACACGAUUCUAAGAAUGGUAGUUCAGCAAGUAGGCAACGUUAUGAUUCCAUUGAAGAUAGCAGUGAAAGUGAACACUCCCCUCUUCCACAAAGAAAAAAGAGGAUGAGUAUUGGAUCCUCCAGUAGCGAUGAAUACAAAGAAGAGGAUAGUCAGGGUUCUGGAGAUGAAGAUUUCAUUCGGAAACAGAUCAUUGGAAUGAGUGCAGAUGAGGAUGCCUCUGCUUCUGAUGAUGAUGAUUACAUUAGGACUCAGAUUAAAGGAAUUAGUGCAGAGCAGAAAAAAGAACAUGAGGAUCGAAAAAGCAAAGGGAAAAGUACAGCAGGGAAAAGCAAAAGACUAACCAAAAAAAGUAGCACAAGUCAUGAGGAUGACCCAGGGAGGAGACAUUCAUGGCACGAUCGUGAUCAGGAAGAGGAAGUGUAUGAUGAAAGCCUAGAGUCAAAGUUCAGAGAAACCAAAAGUCAGGAAAAUGAAGAACUCUCCAUCUCAAGUGGAGGAGGCCUCAGACGUUUUAAGACCAUUGAGCUAAACAGUACCACUGCAACACCAUAUAUAGAAGGGACAGAAAAACAAGGGAGUCAGGAAGGCUAUGAGGGAGAGCUUGAGAUGGAAAGCCUAACUGACUCUCCUGAGGAUAGAUCAAGAGGGGAAGGUUCAUCCAGUCUACAGGCAUCCAGUUUUACACCUGGAACGUCACCUACAUCUGUGUCAUCACUUGAUGAAGACAGUGACAGUAGUCCCAGUCACAAAAAAAUGAGUGGAGAAAGUAAACAACAAAGAAAGGCCAGACACCGAGCACAUGGCCAAGUCCUCCCUACUAUUGAAGACUCUUCUGAAGAAGAAGAGCUGCGAGAAGAAGAAGAACUCCUGAUGGAACAAGAGAAGCAGCGUGAGCUGGAACAGCAGCAGAGAAAAAGCUCUAGCAGGAAAUCCAAGAAAGACAAAGAUGAACUAAGAGCACAGAGGAGACGCGAGCGUCCUAAAACACCUCCAAGCAAUCUGUCCCCAAUAGAAGAUGCUUCUCCUACAGAGGAGUUACGUCAAGCAGCAGAGAUGGAGGAACUCCAUAGGUCCUCUUGCUCUGAAUACUCUCCAAGUAUUGAAUCUGAACCUGAAGGGUUUGAAAUUUCCCCAGACAAAAUUCUAGCUGUUCAAAAGGUGUACAAGUUACCUACAUCUGUAUCCUUGUAUUCUCCAACUGAUGAGAAGAAUAUUGAUAUAUCACAAAAGGCUACUACUCCAAAAUCUUUAAAAUGUGCUGAUGAAGUUUAUGAAGAAAUGAUGCAGAAAGCUAAACUGCUUCAAAGUCAGAAGGAAACAGAUGUAACACAUGAGAAGGAGCCAUUAUAUGGAGGUAUGCUCAUUGAAGACUAUAUUUAUGAAUCAUUAGUAGAAGACACUUACAGUGGAACAACAGACAGCAGCUACUUGACUGCACAACAAGAAUCAAGCAAAGGAGAAGUGCAGGAACCUGGAAAGAAAUUAAGAUCGCCAGAUCAGGUUUUUGAUGAUAUGAUGCAAAAAAAGAACUAUCAGACAGAAGAGGAAUAUUAUUAUUCACAGCCGUCAAACGAAACAUUACCUCAGCAUGCCAUGAGUUUGCCACCUUCUGUCAGUAAGACAAGACAGGUUUCAGAUUCCAAAGGAGGUGUAGAACCCUCUACAAAGGAAGAAAAACCACUGUUGGAUGCAGAUGCCGCUUAUGAGGAGCUUAUGAAGCGACAAAGGGCUAUUCUGACCCCUGGGACCAGCCCAACCCAGCCUACUCCUGUUUCAUCAGACCUGUCUAUAACUUCAUCUGCAACUGGGUUCAGGGAAAUACAAGGUGAAUCUAUAAUGUCAGCCCCCAUUACAGGUCAUGAACCUGCAACGUGUACAUCAGUAGUAGUAGUCACAGUAGCUCCACUCAGCAGCACAAUAUACCCCAUUCCUGAUGUCACAAUUACACAACACUUUACAGCAGAUGAAGAUAUUGAAGAGGUGUUCAUAAAUGAGUAUGCAAGUGAGUCACAGGAGCCCCACUCAACAGCUUCAUCAGAAGCAUCUCAUCAUGCUACAGACAUCAGUAUACGGACAUCAACUGCAAGUACAACAUCCACAUCCGCACCUACAGUAACAUCUUCAAUGACAAGUCCCACUUCAGUAGUUUGUGAAACCCCAAUUUCUGGGUCUACCCCUAUUCCAGUUUCAAUGAAAUACACCCACCCACCACCACCACCACCACCACCUGUAUCUUCAUCCCAAAGUACUACAGGUAUAGUCUUUGUAGCGGAGGUCUCUUCUGCAACGAAAUCAACUGCUGCCACCACCACUUCUGCUGAUACAUUUAGUGUUGCCAAGUACAGAGACUCUGUAAUAGUUGACAUACCAUCUAAAGCUGGAGAUAGUACAUUUUCAAAAUCUACACCAGUGGUUACAUCAAUUGCCCCCCCUGCUUCAGAAGCUGAAAUAAGUUCAUCAGUUACCACUCCAACUUCAGUCAGUGUUUCCCUUACACAGGUUUCUCCCACUACUGCACCCCUAACAGUGUCACCUAGCAUAGACCAUGUUGUAAUCUCUGUGCCUGGUUUAGACAGUUCUACUGAUGUUACUCACACAGUGGUGAGGGAACCAGCUGUAACAAAAUCAGAAGUGGUAUUAAAACCUUAUGAGCCUAAAACAACAGCAGUGACAUGUUCAACAGGGGUUGCUGCUGCUCGAGCUGUCUUUCAGGUUACUAGCACAGUUCCAUCAGCCUCUACUAGUUCAAUUUCUAGUACUCCUUCUCCUAUUGUUGUAAGUAUAUCCCCUUUGCCUGUUGUACCACUGUAUAAUUCCUCAAUAUCUACAACUGUGUCUACUGCUGUCACAACCACUGUGUCAAAAAUCCCCUCUACAAUCUCGUCAGCCCCGUCUAUUUCCUCUCAAGUAUUCUCGUUUUUCAGAAGCUCUUCUCAGGAGUCUGCACAUGUACCAGUGCCAUCACCACCUCCUCCCCCUCCUCCUCCUCCAUUACCACCACCAACCUUACCCAAGCCAUCUGUUUACCACAAAAAGAAACCGCCAGUUAGUACACCAGCAUUAAUUCCAACUAUUGCAACAGUUCCAGUUUCCACAACAGUAACAUAUGCUCAGGCAACUAUUAUAACCACAUGCCCAAGUCCAUCGGUAAAAGGCUCAGUGAUUCCUAUUAUGAAAACCCCAGUUCCUCCACCUGUUCCACCUAAGCCAGUAUCCAUUCCAGCAGGGUUGAUGUUUGGUCACAGAACAGUAGAAGGAGUUAAGCCUCCAAUUGCUCCUAAACCAGGGGUAGCCCAGCCAACCAUAACUACCAAGGGAUAUACAGGGGAUUCACAAGCAAGAUCCUUCAUCCCACCAAGCACAACAUCUAUGACACUAAAUUUAAUCGCCCCAGCUGAAUGUAAAUUUAUAUCCCCUUCAUCCCCUAUGUCUCCCUAUUCUAAUAAAUCCUCACCAAGAUAUACUAAUUCUCUUCAUGAAACCUAUGUGGUUAUCACUUUACCAUCUGAGCCUGGCACGCCAACAGAAUCUAUAACAACCCAGGCUUCUUUAGGGUAUCCACCAAAGCAACAGGGACAAUCAAGCAUGUCACCUAUGCCUUUUACUCAGUAUAUAAAAUCUGUGGAAAGCCAAGAAGUUAUGGGUCCAGAUAAAUACGUUUCAAGUGUGAGUCACGUUUAUUCCUCAGUUUCUACUUCAGCAAAACCUCCUGUAACUUUGCCCAACCUAGUAGCACAAGUGGUGACCACAGAGGUUCAAAGAACUACAGUGUCUCUUGUUCAUGAAAGGUUACCCACUACAAAUGUUGCUAGUGUUGUCAUUACCAUUCCCCCAGAAACAGCUAAACAUCAACAACCUACAACAAGUAAAGAAAAUGGCAACAUUUGUGAUGUGAUUGAUCUCCGUACUUUAACAAAGCUAGAUGUUGAGAUGACUGAUAAAGGAAUGGACUUAUCCCCUGUUUUUUUGGAUUCAAGACAGCAGUCUUGGUCAAGUGAAGGCAGUGGACGGCAGACAAGUGCUGUGCAGCCAGGUAUUGUAAAUCUGAGUACUGGGUCAACACCAGUAUCGACAUUGGCCGUUGUGACUGAGAGCAUAACCAUUGUGACUUGCACUGCUACUAUAGCAGCUUACAGCAGUGCAGGUGAGAGACCCAUGGGUGUAGGUCAUUCAAUGUCAAUGCCACUACAACUGACAACAUCAAAGCCUUUUGAGCCCAUUGCCCAAAUAACCUACAGAACCUUGGAUACUCAGUCUCUAGCCACCAGCAGUUCAGCAGCCCCUAUAAAUCUGUCUUUUGGUACUGCUGCAUACAUAGGAGCUGGGAAGCCUUUAACUGUUGCUCCUACAGGCAUAACCAAUGGCUUCAAUGAUGUUUCUACAAACCCAGAAUCUGUUCAGAAUGGAGCUGUGGACCUAAGCACUACAAAGCCUCUUCGAACGAUGGUGGCUGUUAAUGAAUCUACUUCAGAAGUGGUUACUACCAUUAUAGAAGAAGAUGACAAACCUGUGGACCUAACUGCAGGAAGAAGAGCUGUUUGCUGUGAUGUUGUCUAUAAAUUUCCAUUUGGAGGGAUCUGUACAUCACAGCAGCCUGCAACAACUUUGCCUGAAGAUCGUUUUGGUUACAGAGAUGAUCAUUAUCAAUAUGACCGCCCAGGACCUUAUGGCAUGCGAGGUGUUGGUAGCAUGAAACCUUCCAUGUCCGAAACUAACUUAGCAGAGGCUGGUUUGUUUCUUUACAAAAGCAAGAACAGCUUUGACUAUCAUAGUGCUGUGACAGAGGGUGCAGUGGACCUUACUUCUGGAAGACUAUCUGCAGGUGAAGUUAUGAACUAUUCAAGCAAGAGCACUGGCCCCUAUCCAGAGACCAGACAAGUGAUUUCAGGAACUGGAAUCAGUAUUCCACAGUAUUCACAAGCAAGAAUAAUCCCACCAAUUGGAACCCAAUAUGGAGUAAACAGUGUAUUAAGAUCAUCCAAUGGUGUUGUAUAUUCUUCAGUGGCAGCUCCAGUUCCAUCUACAUUUGCCAUCACUACACAGCCUGGAUCUGUCUUUAGCACAACAUACAAAGAUUGGUCUGGGCUGCAUACUAGUGAUACCAUGCCAUCUUUGUCAAGUCUACAGAACCAACCACUUCCCAGGUCAUACAGUUUCUUAACAACCACAGCUGGUCUUGAAACAAGUUUACAGAGUACACCAUUAGAAACAUUGAUGACCGGGCAGAGUGAGUUUAUUCCUACUGUAACAACAGCUUCUGAGUCAUAUACAGAUGCAUCACUAGAUGCCAUAGCCUUGUCCCUGGAGGCACUUGCCUCACCCAUUUCAUACGAUGAGAGUAAGCAGCAACAGUAUCAAAUGGAACGUGAACUUCUUGAACUUGAAAAACUUAAGCAGCUGCGCCUAGCUGAAGAACUGGAGUGGGAACGCCAAGAGAUACAAAGGUUCCGUGAACAGGAUAAGCUGAUAGUCCAACAAGAAUUAGAAGAACUGCAUACUAUGAAGCACCAGCUCCUUUUACAGCAAGAAGAAGAGCGACAUGCUCACUUAAUGAUGCAACAGGAGACCUUUGCCCAGCAACAGAUGCAGCUUGAGCAAAUUCAGCAGCUGCAGCAUCAGCUGCAGCAACAACUGGAAGAGCAAAAGAUUCGACAGAUCUAUCAGUAUAGCUAUGACCCAUCUGGCAGUGCUUCACCACAGACAAGUUCAGAACAAGUACUGCAGGAUACACAGUAUAAAGCAGGAGAGAAUGGCCAGUAUUGGCCAAUAAAGGAUGAAACUGCAACCUCAUCUGCUGUAUCCGGGAUUGAGCUUCAACAAAACGCUACCUGGUACACAGUUCCCUCAGAAGGGAUAGCUCAGUUUAUCCCUAGCUUGCCCAACUCUGUCUCUGAAAUGUUAUUAAAAGACAUUGAUGUACAAGAAGAUAGGCAGCCACGAUUACAUGAAAAGUACGAGGAACCUGACAAAGCAUUGCAUGAUGAUGUUAGAUCACACAAAAAGAUUGUAGACAGUGGAGUGCAAACAGACGAUGAAGAUGGUGUGGACAGAUCUUACACUGGCAGGAGACGGAGAACCAAGAAGAGUGUUGACACCAGUGUUCAGACAGAUGAUGAGGACCAAGAAGAGUGGGACAUCCCUACUAGGUCAAGACGAAGGUCACGGGUAAGCAAAUAUAGCGACGGCACUGAGACAGAUAAAAAUAAGCACAAUUCUAAAGUGUCCAGCAUAGCAAUCCAGACUGUAACAGAAAUUUCAGUUCAAACCGAACCUGUAGGAACUAUAAGGACACCUUCAAUAAGGGCACAAAUGGAUACCAAGGUAGACAUAAAAAAACAUAUAUCUGCCUCAGAAAAGACCUAUAAAGGUAGUAGUUUAAGUUGCCAGACAGAAACAGAUGCAGAUAAACAAACUGGCCAGUACUCUCCUCAAAAAGACAAGAAGCGUCCAACGCCAUUAGAGAUAGGUUAUUCCACCCACCUGAAAGCAGACUCUUCCCUGCAAGUUGCUCCAUCACCUCCAAAAUCUCCUAAAGUUCUGUACUCUCCUAUUUCUCCUGUGUCUCCAAGUAAAUCGUUAGAAUUUGUGCCGUAUGAAAAAGCUCUUGGUGCUGAGAUUACUCCACAGAAAAUGGCGACAUCUGAAGCAUCCACAGCUCCUCCUCCCAGCCCUAGAACAAUGAAGAUGAUGCAGAGAUCUAUGUCUGAUCCAAAGCCACUGAGUCCUACAGCUGAUGAAAGUACCAGGCCUCAUUUCCAGUAUUCUGAUGGUUAUUCGACCAAAGGUAGUCAAAGUGGAACACCAUCCGGAACACAAAAAAAGGUUAAAAGGACUCUUCCGAAUCCCCCUCCUGAAGAAGAUACAGCUGAAAACCAGUCAGGUUAUACCACUGUAGGGUCAGUUUCCCGUAGAAGAAUCUGCAGGACAAACACCAUGGCCAGAGCUAAGAUCCUUCAGGACAUUGACAGAGAGCUAGAUCUUGUGGAGCGAGAGUCGUCUAAGCUUCGGAAAAAACAAGCAGAGCUUGACGAAGAAGAAAAAGAAAUUGACGCAAAGCUGAGAUACCUUGAAAUGGGAAUUAAUAGAAGAAAGGAUGCCUUGCUUAAAGAAAGAGAGAAGAGGGAGCGGGCUUAUCUGCAGGGUGUUGCAGAGGAACGGGAUUACAUGUCAGACAGUGAAAUAAGCAACAUUAGGGGGACUAGGGUAGAUAGUCAGCAUGGCUUAGAAAGACCAAGAACGGCACCACAAUCAGAAUUUGAUCAGUUUAUGCCACCACAAACCCAACCUGAAUCCGAGUAUGCAGAACACACAAGUCCUUACACCCAGUAUCAAUAUGCCCCCCCUUCGCUACCAACACAAGCCCCUUCUCAGUAUCCCCAGCAAACUCAUUACCAGCAACAAUCACUGUACCACCAGCAGAUUUCACCCUACCAAACUCAACCCAGUUACUCAUCUGUACCUACAAUAUCCUACCCACAAGCACCACUCCCUCAGUCCCAACAGCCGAACUAUCAACAUCCAUCACAGAUGCUGUUAAUGCAAAAGCCCAGGCAGACCACACUAGCUGAUCUGGAACCAAAGAUAACUACCAAUUAUGAGGUAAUACGCAACCAGCCCCUUAUGAUUGUACCUUCUUCCACUGAAACCACAUAUGCAGUUCCCCAUAUGGGCAGUAAGUAUAACAAUCUGGACCUGAGAAUAGGCUUGGAUGAGAGAAGUAGUAUGGUAAGCAGUCCCAUAUCAAACAUAUCGGCAGAUUCCUUCUAUGCAGAAAUUGAGCAACAUACUCCUAGGAAUUAUGUUCUAAUUGAUGACAUUGGUGAACUCACCAAAGGUUCUACAUCUCUGUCUUCUACAUUUAACAUUCCUGACAAGGAUCUCACAAAAACGGAUCGACUGCUUCGCACUGGUGAGCUACGAAGGACUCCAGAAGUAACAGAUUUCCUUGGACCAUUACAGACUUCUUCAAGGAUGCAUACUUAUGGAAAGGCUGAUGAGGAUCCGAUGGAAGACCCAUAUGAAUUAAAAGUGCUAAAGCAGCAGAUAAAACAGGAGUUCCGUAGAGGCACAGAAGGUUUGGAUCACAUGUCUGGGCUGCCCCACUAUUAUCAAAGUGAUAGCAGUUACAGACACUUCCCUAAAACUGAAAAGUACAGCAUCAGUAGACUGACUCUUGAAAAGCAAGCUGCCAAACAGCUUCCAUCAUCUGUGCUGUACCAAAAACAGACCAAACAAAAAAAGCCUUUAAUGGACCCUAAAGUCACCAAGUUUUCUCCUAUUCAGGAAAGCAGAGACAUAGAGCCAGAUUAUAGUAAUUACCUGGCCUCUAGCACAUCCUCGGUUCGUGAUAUUUCCUCUAGAGCUAAAUUACUACAAGAUGAUAUUACAUUUGGACUGAGAAAAAACAUCUCAGAUCAGCAGAAGUACCUUGGGUCUACACUCGGUGCAAACCUUGCACACUCCCUUGGAAAUGCUUUAAAUCUGGUCCCAAACAUGCGAUCAUCACUGCAUGAUGACCUUGAUAAACCAUAUCCCAGUGGCACUAGGUCAAGGCCUUCAUCAAGACCUUCAUCUGUCUAUGGACUUGACCUUUCAAUAAAAAGAGAUUCCUCCAGCACAUCCCUGAGAUUAAAAACUCAAGAGAAUGAGCCCUUAGAUGUCUCAUACACUCAUGCAUCACCUUCUGUGAGAACAAAACCAACGAGCCUACCAAUUAGCCAAAGCAGAGGGAGAAUUCCAAUUGUAGCCCAAAACUCAGAGGAAGAAAGUCCUUUAAGUCCAGUUGGGCAACCAAUGGGCAUGGCCCGUGCUGCUGCUGGACCACUUCCACCUAUUUCUGCUGAUACAAGAGAGCAGUUUGGCUCAAGCCACUCCCUUCCUGAGGUCCAGCAACAUAUGAGAGAGGAAUCAAGAACCUGUGGAUAUGACCGGGAUAUAGCAUUCAUUAUGGAUGACUUCCAGCAUGCAAUGUCAGAUAGCGAAGCAGGAGGCACUAGCUGGGAUUUAGAAGAAUGUGGCUCCAACAAUAAAACAAUUGAAAGCUCCGAGAAUACAUUGGAAUGCAACCCUCCACUGCAUAACUACGCAUAUCACCUGCGUCGGGAAGAGACUGAUUGGUUUGACAAGCCACGAGAGUCCCGGAUAGAGAAUGGACAUGCCUUGGAUAGAAGACUCCCUGAAAGAAUGUCACACAGCAAGCAAAGCCAACACCAGCAGGGAGAAGCCAAGCCUAUUCAGUACAGCUUCCCUUAUUCCAAAAUCAAACUGCAGAAGGACCCCAAAGACCACAGUGUAUCAGGAAAUGGUUUAGGUAUUAGGGUUGUGGGUGGGAAGGACAUUCCAGGGAAUAAUGGAGAAAUCGGAGCCUACAUUGCCAAAAUCCUACCCGGAGGGAUUGCUGAGCAGACAGGAAAGGUUGUUGAAGGAAUGCAGGUUUUGGAGUGGAAUGGAAUCUCUCUGAUUGGUAAAACUUAUGAGGAGGUCCAAAGUAUUGUUGGUCAGCAAUGUGGGGAAGCUGAAAUAUGUGUAAGACUGGACUUGAACAUGUUAUCAGAUUCCAAAAACCCAGAGCACCUGGAGCUCCAAGACCAAACAAAGGCCGCAGAAAGACAAAGGUCUCCAGGAGUCGAUCCUAAACAACUAGCAGCAGAACUACAGAAGGUUUCUCAGCAACAGUCGCCUUCUUCAGUCACCUCAGCCACGGAGAAAGGCACCCACAUUCACUCAGGCACUCCAUCAGCUGCCUCUAGUGCUGUCCCAAGCCCUGGACAGCCUGGUUCACCAUCAGUGAGCAAGAAAAGACACAGUAGCAAGCCUGCUGAAGCCUCAAAAUCCCACUCCCAUCCUAUCACAGGUGAAAUACAGUUACAAGUAAAUUAUGACAAACACCUUGGCAAUCUUAUUGUCCAUGUUCUACAAGCAAGAAACCUUGCCCCAAGGGACAACAAUGGCUAUUCUGACCCUUUCGUUAAAGUUUAUCUUCUACCAGGGAGAGGCCAAGUCAUGGUUGUCCAGAAUGCAAGUGUCGAGAACAAGAGAAGGACCAAGUAUGUGCAGAAAAGCCUUGACCCUGAAUGGAAUCAAACCGUCAUUUAUAAAAACAUCCACAUGGAGCAGCUGAAGAAGAAGACCCUGGAAGUGACUGUUUGGGACUAUGAUAGAUUCUCUUCCAAUGACUUUCUUGGGGAAGUUCUCAUUGAUUUGUCAAACACCUCCCACCUCGACAGUACUCAUAGGUGGUACCCUCUAAAGGAGCAAAGUGAGAGCAUUGAUCAUGGAAAAUCUCAUUCCGGACAGAGCAGCCAACAGUCACCAAAGCCAUCUGUGAGCAAAAGCAGAAGCCAUGGAAUUUUCCCAGAUCCAUCCAAGGACAUGCAGGUGCCCACCAUUGAGAAAUCUCACAGCAGCCCUGGCAGCUCCAAGUCCUCCUCAGAAGGACAUUUACGCUCUCACGGACCAUCCCGCAGUCAAAGCAAAACCAGUGUCACUCAGACCCAUCUUGAAGAUGCAGGGGCUGCCAUUGCAGCGGCCGAAGCAGCCGUCCAGCAACUCCGUCUUCAACCAACAGUUCAUAAAAGCGGUCUGGCAAGUCAUGCCAAGAAGCAGCACAGACACAGCAUAGCGGGAGUCCUCCCAAUUCAAAGAACUCAAUCUGACAAUCUGCCUUCACCAGCCAAAGAGAGCAAAGAUACAAGUCAGCUUGCCAUCAGGAAAGUGAUGUCUGAAGGAUCGCCCAAGCCUGAAGGAGCAAGGUCCAGCCACAGAGCCACUGACUCGUCUGUCUCGACUGCCUCAUCCAUCAGCAGCUUUGGCAGUGGAUACAGUGUAGACAGCGAAGGCAGUGCCACGGCAGGGGAAAACAACAUCUUCCCUGCUCCACGAAUGGGAAAGACUAUUCCAAAUGGUUCUGAGAAGCAACAAGGACUGGGCCUAUCAGAAACAGAAGGUAAAACCCAAAUUAUGGGGGAGAUUAAAAUUGCCCUGAAGAAAGAAAUGAAGACUGAGGGAGAACAGCUUGUAGUGGAAAUUCUUCAAUGUAGAAACAUCACCUAUAAAUUUAAAUCCCCUGAUCAUCUACCAGAUUUGUACGUGAAGCUGUACGUCAUCAACGUAGCGACGCAGAAGAGAGUGAUUAAGAAGAAGACGAGAGUGUGCAGACAUGAUCGUGAGCCUUCGUUUAAUGAGACAUUUCGCUUCAGCAUGAAUCCAGCAGGGCACUCUAUCCAGAUGUUUCUGGUUUCGAAUGGAGGGAAGUUCAUGAAGAAGACUCUGAUUGGAGAGGCCUACAUCUGGCUUGACAAAGUGGACCUAAGGAAAAAAGUGGUUAACUGGCACAAACUGUUGGUCAGCUCCACACAAAGUCACGCAUAACAGCUGUUCAGGAUGUUUACACAACAUUUAUCUUGUUCCUUAGGAAAGAUGAUGUCCGGGUUCGUUGGUUUUGUACUGUUAGCUACUAGUAGACCACCAAAAGGGUGAGGAGAGAAAGUCCCAGUCAUACUGAGGCUGCCACACUUCACAGAGGCCAGGUGAAGAAAGAGUUACAGAAUAUGACACCUUUAAAGUUCAAAAACAGGUACUUUCAAAAAAUAAAUGGAACUUAAAAUCACAUUUAACAUCAGUGACUUACUUAACUAGCAAGGAAGAAAGAACUAUGGGAAGGUGGCAGGGAAGCAAGUUGGUUCUCUGUGUGGCACAAAGGAGAUAUUUAUUUUAUGCAGUAUAAACUUGUGCAGGGUAUCACAAGACAGAAUUUGCACAUUGCACUCCUGAAUAGUGUGAAGGUGCGUUUCUUGACACCUAGAGCUGUCAUUAAUGCAUUGCACAAAGAUUACGACAGGAACAAAGCUUUCAGGUGUAGUUUCUUUAGAAGUGGCAUUCUAGUAACUAUUACAAUGAGAACUGAUUUAUUGGUGGGGUUUUAAUGCAUUUUACUAGGUGUUCCAAUUGAUGUUGACACGUGGAAUCAAUGUAAUUGUUUUUUUUUUUGUUGUUUUUUUAUAUACUUAAUAAUUGCAACAUAGUGGGCAUUUGUUCGAAGAAAAAUAUUUUCUAUUACAGAUUUGAAUCAAUGUUUACUUAUGUCUUAAGCAUAGGUCAGGUUGUCAUUUAUUUUUCUCUUUACUAACACAAAUUAUUAAAUGCAUAUCGCCUCAAAGGAGUAGCCCCUCAAAUGUCAAACAUACUGCAUUUUCACAUAAUACAUUCCUGGAUGGCAUCCUCAUGUUAUUAAGGACUAUUCAUUCUAAGUACAGAUGAAGUUUAUUCAGUAUUCUACAGUACAGAUAUAUGACAUAGGAAAAUACAGAAUCAAUGGGUUUCAUAUGCCAAUGAAAACCCUGAACUAGGGUUGGGGGUAUACUAUAGCAGUAUUUAUGAGAAUGUGCACUGUAAAGCAACACCUGAAACAUCUGUAUAUUACAGUACAAAGGCUGUUUGUUAUUACUUUUAAAAACAGCUUUGAUCAGACCCUACUGUAUGUUCACACUGUAAUGUUACACACCUAUGGAAUAUUGCUAGUGAAUCAGAUGGCUGGACUCUUCCGAAGCCAUUUUAUAAUACAAAAUGAACAAUGCUGAACGAGACAAAGCAUGAUAUGCCAAAACACAGUGUUUUGGUAUAUUAUGUUUGGGAUUACCAUGGUGGGUUUUCAAUACCCUAAGCACUUUUAAGGCCAUGCUUAUUUUUUUGAAGGUUUUUGCUAAAAAAAAAAAAAUAGCCUAGAGAACCUCUGCUGCAUUACAUAACAGCUUGGCUACCAUUUUAUCUCAAUGUUUUUUGGAAGUAGGAUAUUUAUUAUUUGCAUACAGUUUAAUAUAGUAGGAAAACAAUGGCCUCAUAAAAAGUAAAGACAUGAGCUUUCCAUGAUUUACUGACACAACUAUGGUCUAAGGUUUACAAAAAAAGAUAUACAACCCUGUCAAGCAGAUAACAAAUGCAGAAUUUGAAGGGCUGUUUGCCAUUAUUCACUUUAAUACUACAAUUGUCAGGACCUGUUGUUUUUAAAGGGUGUGAAGCAGCUCUAGGGUUGCCAGUGUAAAAAAAGAAAGAAAAAAAAAAGCUGCCAAUGGUUUUCAUGGAAUUGUCAAAAAUGGAAUCAUCACUGUGUGGUUGAAAAAUAAUCAUCUGUGAUUGUGUGCCAGGAAGUGGCAGCUUGGGACCCUCAUGCAGCAUGCCCCUGACAACAGUGUUUUGCAGUUAUAGAACUCAGAUAAUUAAUGUUGUGACAAAGUAGUUUUCUAUUAUUGUUUCCCAGCCAUACUUGUAUAAAACUGUACUGUACUGUAGACGUGAUUAGACUGCAAGUGGUAAAUAUGUGUUUGUGGUCUGUUUAGACCAGUUCUAUCCCAUUUUGACAUUUAAAUUCUCCAAGAAGCAGAAGGUAUCUCCUGGUAUUUCACAUCUUCAGUAAGUGCAGUAUAUGUGCUACUGCAGAAAAGCAGUCUCCAAGUUUUUAAUUUGCAGUGAGUGCUUUUAAUAAAUUAGUGGAAGAAAUAUAAACUUCUUCGAAAAUGACCAAUAUGUUUCAGUUCUAGAUUAAUUUUAAAGAGACUGAAAGUCUCUAUAUUAUCCUUCAUGAAAUUAAUUAAACGGGUCGGGAUAAUUGCCAUGAUCCUAUGAUAUAAGAGGACAAGACCCAGUAUUGCACACUGAAUAACAAUCUGACUGGCCUUCUAUGGCACAGUGCUACGAGACCUGAGACUUUCAAAUCAAUACAAUAUCAAUAAAGUUGUCAGCUAUGCUCUUGCAGUUUUAAAAGGCACAUGGUUGGUUUAAAAGUAAAAUAUGCUUACAACAUGUACCAACCUAAUUUUUUGUAACCAAAUUCAUAGGUUCUGUUGGAGUAAUUCUAUGCAAAACAGACAUUGUGCUUGUAAUGCAUUUUAUUAACAAAUGAAACAUAAGCAAACAUUAUGUCUGGACAAACUAAUCUUAUAUAGAGAAUUAACUUACUUUCUGUUUGUAUAUUAUUCUAAAUAAUUAUUUUUUUUAACCUGCCAGGUUGAAGUUUUAAAAGCUGUACAUGGAGUUUGUGCACUUAAAUUUAAGUUAUACUUUGUAUUUUUCAUUGUAUGUUAUUGCAUGCAAUAUAUUCUCCAAUUCACAAAGGUGUUCCUAUAUUGCGUUCAUGUGGUACCAAUUGAAGAGGAAGAGUUGAUUCUGGAAUCAUACAGGAAAGGGGCACGUUUUGGGGCAACAGCAGCACAAAAUAUUUGUUUACAAACUGUUCCGACCUAUUAAUGAGAAGAUAUGCAUACAAUGUCUGUAAUAAUAAUGUGGAUUUACAGUUACCAUUGUAAGUGGCUUAGUUGCUUUUCAGUACUCAAAUUAAGGAGACGCUUCCUUCCUCUACAUUCUCAGUGCACAGUUUCUUAUUGGCUGCUCGUCAUUUCAUGAAGCAUUUUACAGUAUUUUUUUACAGUAUCUGUUUCCUAGUUAUUUAUCAGUUGAACAUUUCAUUCAGAAAAUAUUAGUUACUUUAGAAAUGAACAAACUCACAAAUGUUUAUAACAGCCAAUACUUACCAUACAUAUUAUUUGAGGAUUUGUAUCCACAAUUUAAAUAUUGCUUUUCCUUAUAUAGAAUGAUAUGGUUGAUCUUCUUAAAUUUUCAUGUGUGCUCCAUAUUUAGUUUUCAUAAAGCUCUCUUGUUUUCUGGUGAACUGGAAACCAAGGAGUCUUAUGAUUAUUGUGAAUUGUGAGAAUGUGGUUUCUUUAUUUAUAACCUUGUAAAUAUAUAUCAUUUUUUCUACCAGAAGAGAUUUACAUAUUUAUUACUUUGAUCUGGCAUUGAGCAUGUGAAUGUGAAAAACGGAUUCUCUUUGGCUGUAUCUGUAUAGUUGUCUAGUGAUGUGCUCAGGUGAAUAUUUAAUUGGCUGAAUAGAGUGUGUGCUGUCAACCUAUCAGAAUCUGUACAGCAAACCUGAAGUUUUGCUUAUUAAAAACACAAAAAAUAAAAUAAAUAAAUACAAUUAAAAAAUAAUAAUGAUAAAAAACUUGAGUAGUUCCAGGAGAAUUUCAAUGUUUUCACAUUGGAUGUUGCAUGUUUUGUUGGUGGUUUGUUAAUAUAAUUUUUGCUUCCAGGUUCUAUGUGAAAAAAAAAAAAGUAUAAAUUUAAUUAAAGCAGUAUGAUAACUGUACAAAGAUAUGCUUGUUUAUCUUGUCUGGGUUUUCAAUCUGUGUAAAAAAAACAAAAACAAACAAACAAACAAAAAAAGAAUAAUGUCAUGGUUUUGUGGUUGUACACAGGAUGUAUCUUGAGAUAUUAUGCAAUUUGUGCUGUACAAAAGGCUGUUCCCUCAGUCUAAAUAAUAAAUAUUCAAAAAAUG